GUAGGAGUUACUUUCAGCCGGGCUCACUCCGUACAUAAGGAGUGUCCUGGUUUUUGUCCACAGCAAGUGCAGUCAAAGGGCGGCAGCACUGUGACACCUCUGACACUGAACGAGUUGUACAGGCUUCUCAGAAUGAAACUACUUCUCCUUACUUCCCUGGUGGUGUCUCUAGUGCUAACGGAAGCAGUCUCUUAUAAAAAGUCUCGCUCAAAACGGGAACUGACUCCAGGACUUCACAUUCAUGGAAUAAGAGAUGCAAGUGGUUCAUACUGCCAAAAGAGGGAUAGCUGCUGCCCCGGGAGAGAUGACCAUUGUACGGUCCCAUAUUUGGAUACCAUCUGUUACUGUGAUCUGUUCUGUAACAGGACAGUGUCCGACUGCUGCCCUGACUUCUGGCAUUACUGCCUAGGCAUCGAACCACCAAGUAUUGUCCAAAAAGCUUGUGUUCGCAAUGGCCAGCAUUACCCAAAAGGGGCAACUUAUCGUGAAAACUGCAAUCUCUGCACUUGUGCCAAUGAAGGAAGAUGGUAUUGUGAGCAGAAUCCAUGUCUUAUCAACACAAAAGUCAUUGAAGAUAUUAACACAGGAGACUAUGGCUGGACUGCUGGAAAUUAUAGCCAGUUUUGGGGCAUGACCCUAGAUGAAGGGAUCCAGUAUCGCUUGGGGACUGCAAGGCCUUCUUCUUCCGUCAUGAAUAUGAAUGAGAUACACGUAAACAUGAACAAUGACAUUAUGCCUUCCCACUUCAAUGCGGCAGAAAAGUGGCCAGGAUUGGUGCAUGAACCACUAGAUCAAGGAAACUGUGCAGGCUCUUGGGCUUUCUCUACCGCAGCGGUUGCAUCAGACAGAAUUUCCAUCCAGUCGAUGGGGCACAUGACGCAGUCCCUGUCCCCUCAGAAUCUUCUAUCCUGUGACACUAGAAAUCAGCAUGGCUGCAGAGGGGGGCGAGUAGAUGGAGCCUGGUGGUAUCUGAGAAGGAGAGGGGUUGUCUCAGAACCAUGUUAUCCAAUAAAUAGUCUGAAUGCAAAUGGACAUUCUGCCCCUUGCAUGAUGCACAGUCGCUCCAUGGGAAGAGGGAAGCGGCAGGCUACCAAUAACUGCCCCAACCAAUACUAUUCAUCCAAUGAAAUCUACCAGUCUACACCAGCAUAUCGUCUGGCAUCUAAUGAAAAAGAAAUUAUGAAGGAACUGUACGAAAAUGGACCUGUGCAAGCUAUAAUGGAGGUACACGAAGAUUUCUUUAUGUACAAGAGUGGCAUUUACAGACACACUCCAGUGACAGAGAGGGAACCAGAGCAUUACCGCCGACAUGGGACACACUCUGUAAAGAUUACUGGAUGGGGCGAGGAAAGAGGAAGAGAUGGACAGACACAUAAAUACUGGCUGGCUGCCAAUUCCUGGGGUAGAGACUGGGGAGAAGAUGGAUAUUUCCGCAUCGCUCGAGGUAACAAUGAGUGUGAGAUUGAAACCUUCAUUGUAGGCGUAUGGGGCAAAGUCAGUAUGGAAGAUGUCGCCCGCAAAAAGUAAUGGCUUUCCUGGACAUAUUUAUAUGAAUGGCUUCGAGGCACCCAGUCCCUUGCAUCCGGAUUCUGAUAUUUUUAUAUACUUUUAACAUUGACACUGUGAGGCUUGGGAAUAUUUGGACAUACGUGUUUCUUGAAGUGAAUAUAAUUUACUGUCAAUGGCAGCAGAAAGAAGACAAGUCUUUAAAGCAUAGCACAGUUCUUCAUCAUAGCCAAAAAGAUCUCUUAAAUGGUAACUGAAAGAUUUUGUAUUCCCUAUACCAGGAUCAUUGUAUAACCUUAAAAACAACUGCUACAUGAUCAGAACCUCAUAGCCCUGCUGUGUCCUCACAACUCAGCAUUCACUUCAAAGAUAGUUUAACGCAUCCCCCGUCAGUGGCACAACAAGAGUGCCUGUGUGUAAUCAAGCUCACCAUGUUGUGCUGACACAUGGAGAUUCACAUGGGGUUUCAAUGGAAUAAUAGUGCACAUAAUCCUAUAAUCUCUGUAGGGAUCAGAAACAUAUUGUUUGGUGCUAUGAGCAAAGGAUGCUCAGUCCUGUGAACCUGUCAAAGGCAGACAUUCUGUGCCAGCCCCAAAGCUAUAGGAGCGUAAAACGAGUGACUGUGUUGGGGAGGGAAGGCACCCACUGAAAGAGUAACCCUACCCCCAGGAUGAAUCAAUAGUGUUUAUAUGGUCUUAGACAGAAUUUGAAGAGUGUGAAAUGAGCUAAUAAUCUCUUGAAAAAACAAUAUAUAUAAUAUAUAUUAUUUUAGAAAUGUAUAAUUUUCUUACUUAUGAUUCUUUUGUAUGUGUGUGCUAUUAUACUCCCUGUAAUGUGAUGUCUUUGCAAACAUGUAGCACAUCUGGCAGGCUGUACCAUAACCCUGUACCCUUCCAUUAUAAUACACAGCUACAGUAUA